UGGUGUAGGGGGUGUUGCUGGGAGGCUCGGCUGCAGUCCGGAGCAGCAGCCCCGCAGACCCGCUCUCCCCGCGGCUGCAGCUCAGUCCGCGCGGCGCCGGGGAAUGGACGCACCGCUGCCGGCGGAUCAUGAACCAAGAGCGCCGAACCGCCGGAACCAUCGGAACCACCCGAACCCUCAGAACCACCCGAACUACCCUCGGAACCCCGGACCCGGCUCCCGCUCAGCUCUGAAGAAGUUUGGGAUUAUCUGACUCUCUGACUGCGGCUUAAAAAUGAGUAAUAUCUACGAGUCUGCGGCCGAGACGCUGGGCCUGUUUAACAGCCCCUGCCUGACUAAAGUGGAGCUUCGCGUGGCCUGUAAGGGCAUAUCGGACCGGGACGCCCUGUCCAAACCCGACCCCUGCGUGGUCCUGAAGAUGCAGUCCCAUGGACAGUGGUUUGAGGUGGAUCGGACGGAGGUGAUCCGGAGCAGCAUCAGCCCGGUCUUCUCCAAGGUCUUCACGGUGGAUUACUACUUCGAGGAGGUUCAGCGCCUGCGCUUCGAGCUGCACGACAUCAGCAGCAACCACAACGGCCUGAAGGAGGCGGACUUCCUGGGAUUUAUGGAGUGCACACUCGGGCAGAUUGUCUCUCAGAGAAAACUGUCCAAAGCUUUACUGAAACAGGGAAACACAUCAGGCAAGUCGUCUAUAACGGUCACAGCGGAGGAGCUGUCGGGGAAUCAUGAUUACGUGGAGCUCGCCUUCAGCGCCAAGAAACUGGAUGACAAGGACUUUUUCAGUAAGUCAGACCCGUUUCUGGAGAUCUUCAGAGUAAACGAUGACGGCACAGGAUCCCUGGUGCACAGAACUGAGACCAUCAUGAACAAUCUGAAUCCUGUGUGGAAAUCGUUUAAAGUGUCUCAGAAUACGCUCUGCAGCGGUGAUGAAGAGCGAGAACUGAAGUGUACAGUGUUUGACUGGGACUCCAACGGGAAGCACGACUUCAUUGGAGAAUUUCAGACAACCUUCAAAGAGAUGAAGGCAGCCAUGAUGGAAGGAAAGCAGAUUCAGUGGGAAUGCAUCAACCCCAAGUAUCAGGUGAAGAAGAAGAACUACAGGAACUCUGGGGUGGUGAUGAUGACCCAGUGUAAGAUCAUAAAGAUGCACUCGUUUCUGGAUUAUAUUAUGGGCGGUUGCCAGAUCCAGUUCACGGUGGCCAUCGAUUUCACCGCCUCGAACGGUGACCCGCGGAACAGCUGCUCUCUGCACUACAUCCACCCGUACCAACCCAACGAGUACCUGAAAGCCCUGGUCGCCGUGGGCGAGAUCUGCCAAGACUACGACAGCGAUAAAAUGUUUCCGGCGUUCGGCUUCGGAGCGCAGAUCCCUCCUGACUUCAAAGUCUCUCAUGAUUUCGCUGUGAACUUUGAUGAGGACAAUCCGGAGUGUGCUGGUAUCCAGGGUGUUGUAGAAGCCUAUCAGAACUGUUUACCGAAGAUUCAGCUUUACGGCCCCACCAACAUCGCCCCCAUCAUCCAGAAGGUAGCCAACUCUGCCUCGGAGGAGAUGCACAUCAAGGAGGCCAUGGAGUAUUUUAUUCUGUUGAUCCUGACGGACGGCGUGAUCACAGACAUGGCGGACACGCGGGAGGCCAUCGUUCACGCCUCUCACCUGCCGAUGUCGGUGAUCAUCGUUGGCAUAGGAAGCGCCGACUUCAGCGACAUGCAGAUGCUGGACGGAGACGACGGGAUUCUGCGCUCGCCCAAAGGAGAACCCGUCCUCCGGGACAUCGUCCAGUUCGUACCCUUCCGAAACUUCAAACACGCAUCUCCUGCAGCUUUGGCGAAGAGCGUUCUGGCCGAGGUGCCCAAUCAGGUGGUGGAUUACUACAACAAUAAGGGCAUCAAGCCCAAAGGUCUGUCGGACUUUGAGUCUCCCAGAGCCUUCAGUCCAUGAGCCGGACGCUCCAACCAACCGCAGCAGCAGCAGCAGCAGCUCAAUAAUACUGGAGUAAUAAUACUACAAAUACUACUAAUAAAACAUACUGAUCAUUUUUCAUAAUCAUUGUAUAGAAUGGUUCUGAGCUCUUUGUUUGUGUAUUAUUGCUUGUUUUUUACACCCAGAGAGCACUGACCCAAAUGUCCUCCAUCAAACACCAUCCAGAGUUUGAUUAGUGAUAGUCUUAGAGUCUCUAGAACGUUCACUGGUUAGAAUCCCGAUCAUGCAGCUUGCCAUCAGCUGCCGGAGCCCAGAGAGAGCAAUUGUCUUUGCUCUCCCUAAUCUGGGUGGGUACAGUAGAUGAAGCUCUUUCCCCCCCGAGCUCCGCUCGUAGACCGUCUGUAAGUACAUAUUUUGUUGAUUUUGCAGGUCUAGCAGGGUCUGUCGGUCGUAAGUUGUUCCCAUAGCGAACUUUUGCAUGAUUGCGAGUUCAGAUCGGAUUAUUUACACAGAAAAACAAACAAAAGCACCGUGUUUUGCUUCCGGAGUGGCCGCUGCGACUGCUCGCGCCGCCGACAGGAAGGGUUCUUGAGUUCUCAAUCUCUCAUUGAGUUCUCAAUCUCUCAUUUUUUCUGGAUGUUUUUCUAGUUUUGGGAAUGUUAUGUUCUAAUGAGAUAUGUUCUAAAAAUGUUGUGAUGCAAACUGAUGCUAUUUCACACAUUUUCAGAAGGUUCUUGAAUCAUUAUUUCUGUAACGUUUCAGACCAGCCUUCCUGAAACCUUUUCAAAAUGUUGCUAAACGUUCUUAUAACGUUCUUUGUUGUAUACAGCUGUAUACAGUUGCAGUCAAAUACCAGUAGCUAACAUUAUGGUGUUCAUUAUGGAGUUUGUUGGCAAAUGUUGGGUCAGUGUGCUCUGGAAUUAAUAGGAAACAUUUUAUUUGGAGGUGUUUUAUUUAUUUAUAUUUGUUUUUUUUAUUUAUUAAGGUAUUUAUUUAUGUAUUUAUAUCUUAGUUCACCAGAUAAUUUAAGCUCAAAUAUCAGGAUUGUCCAAUGAAAACCCAAAUGGCCCUACUUAUGGAUAUCAAUGAUGGGGAUAGUAGAGGUUAAAUAUAUUAAAUAAAUUAUUGGGCCCAUUUGGAAAGCCCAAUCAAAAGCUUAUGCCGUCCUGGAACCCACUUAGCCCAUGUUCCACCCGAGCACCGUACCGAUUGAUUUAGGGAGUUUCAGUGUGUCUUUGCUAUCGUAACGUCGGGAAAAGUACACCUAGUACAAAAGGCAUGUACUAAUGUACUAAUUAAUCAUGGGUGUGGUUAAAUUUGGGCGUAACGUUAAAUAAACCAAUCAGAGUGUCUUUUGCUCAUCAUUACCUCUAAGAACCAGGUGAGCUCUAACUUUGGCAGAUUGCUAUUUUAACGGCGCAGCUACCUGGACGUGUCCAACAAACGCUUCUCAGCAGAGGAAACUGACCUGUUUUCUAUAUUGCCAAGAUAGCAAUGAACGUUUGAAAGCCUGAACACAUUUCCAACUCAUUUCCAAACCACCACGCCUGUAGAUAUAGACAUAGAUAUAUUCAGAAGCACUAUUGGUAUUUAAACGGCGCAGGAAGAAGCCCACGUAUUGGAUAUUCUUGAGUUUGAGCUUAAGUUAGCUGGAUCAGAUUAAUCUUGCUGUACAGUAAUUAUGGAACAACAGAACAAUGCAGAACAAGCCUUAGUGUAGAAGAGUUUACCGUAUAGAACCAGCUGUUGAAGGGCUAUGUAGUCCAGAUGUUCCAGAUGUUCUGUCCUAAAGUGCUGCUGUUUGAUCAUUUAUUCAUAUCCUGGAUUAGCUGAGUUUGGAAUUUUUUGCAUGUGUGAUCUUAAAAUAAGGCCUGAAAAAUUUCAACAGUACAGUAAUUCUGUGUACAGUAUGUAGAGUUAAUAUACAGCAUAUUUACUGAACAAAAGCAUGUCGAAUGAAACUCUGUGGAUAGACAAACUAGAUCUUUACGUUCUUUUCUACAGAAUUGUUGAACUUUUUUGCUAAAUUUCUUAAAACGUCUUAAUCUGCAAGAUCCUUCAGAUAUACUGUAUGGAGUGAGUAGUCGUUACCGCGUUAGAUUUCCUCCUGUACUCUACUCAACUCUGUUUUACAUUACUGUUCUCAACUCUACUGUUCUAUACUCAACUCUAUUCUGCUCUGCUGUUCUCUAUUUGUUCAUAUAUUUGGAGUGAGUAGAUAUUACUGUACACUACCUAACUCUACUGUUCUCUAAUCAUCUCUACUGUAUUCUACUGUAAUUUGCUCUUCUUUUUGCUACUCUUCUCUAGUCUCUUCUACUGUACUCUACUUUUCUUUAUGCUACUCUAUUCUAUCCUUUACUUUACUCUAUCCUCUAUACUCUACUUUACUUCUCUAUGCUGUACUUUUUUCUGCUCUUUUCUUCUGUAAUCUACUGAUCUCUACUUAUUUUUAAUGUACAUUACUGUACUCUAUUAUUUACUUUUUUAAACUACCCUCUUCUUUGUACUCUACUCGUCUGUUCUUUAAAUGACUGUACUCUUCUCUAAUCUCUACUCUGCUCUCCACUUUUCUAUUCUAUUCUACUGUACUCUACUCUUCUCAUCUUUAAACCACUGUACUCUUCUCUAUUCUCUACUCUACGGUACUCUGUGCUACUGCAUUAUACUGUAUUCUACUCUACUGUGCUCUUCUUUUCUUUAAACCAAUGCACUCUAUUAUCUACACAAUUGUACUCUUUUCUACUGUACUCUAUCCUUUUCUACUCAUCUCCUGUACUCUACUCAACUCUGUUUUACAUUACUGUUCUCAAUUCUACUCUGCUCUACUGUACUCUGUUUAUCUAUACUCUGCUCUCCUCUUUUGACAGUUUGGUAAAUUAUUUGGAGUGAGUAGAUAUUACUUCUGAGAUGUUCUGCUGUACUCCACUCAACUCUAUUUUGCACUACUGUACUUUAUUCAUAUCUGUUCUACUGUUCUCUAUUCAUCUCUACUGUAUUCUACUGUAAUUUGGUCUUUUUUUGCUACUCUUCUCUAGUCUCUUCUACUGUACUCUACUUUUCUUUAUGCUACCCUACUCUAUCAUUUACUUUACUCUAUCCUCUAUACUCUUCUAUUCUUUACUCUUCUCUAUGCUGUACUUUCUUCUAUGGUCUUUUCUUCUGUAAUCUACUGAUCUCUACUUAUUUUUACUUUACAUUACUCUACUCUACUCCAUGCUUAUGUGCUGUAUCCUUCUCUUAUGCAAACUACUGUACUCUAUUCUUUACUUUUUAAACUACUCUUUUUUUACUCUACUGUACUCUUCUCUAUUCUCUACUCUGGUACUCUUUUCCACUCUAUUCUACUGUACACUACUCUUCCCUUCUUUAUUCUACUGUACUCUAUUCUCUACUCUACUGUUUUCUUCUCUAUUCUCUACUCUACUGUACUCUUUUCUACUCUAUUCUACUGUACUCUUUUCUACUCUAUUCUACUGUACUCUUUUCUACUCUAUUCUACUGUACUCUUCUCUAUUCUCUUAUGCACUGUACUCUUUUCUACUCUAUUCUACUGUACUCUACUCUUCCCUUCUUUAUUCUACUGUACUCUUCUCUAUUCUCUUGUCUACUGUACUCUUUUCUACUCUAUUCUACUGUACUCUACUCUUCCCUUCUUUAUUGUAAUGUACUCUUCUCUAUUCUCUACUCUGAUGUACUCUUUUCUAAUCUAUUCUACUGUACACUACUCUUCCCUUCUUUAUUCUACUGUACUCUUCUCUAUUCUCUUAUCUACUGUACUCUUUUCUAAUCUAUUCUACUGUACUCUACUCUUCCCUUCUUUAUUCUACUGUACUCUUCUCUAUUCUCUUGUCUACUGUACUCUUUUCUACUCUAUUCUACUGUACUCUACUCUUCCCUUCUUUAUUCUACUGUACUCUUCUCUUUUCUCUUGUCUACUUUACUCUUCCCUUCUUUAUUCUACUGUACUCUUCUCUAUUCUCUUAUCUACUGUACUCUUUUCUAAUCUAUUCUACUGUACUCUUUUCUAUUCUCUUAUCUACUGUACUCUGUUCUACUCUAUUCUACUGUACACUACUCUUCCCUUCUUUAUUCUACUUUACUCUUCUCUAUUCUCUUAUCUACUGUACUAUUUUCUACUCUAUUCUACUGUACACUACUCUUCCCUUCUUUAUUCUACUAUACUCUGCUUUUUCUACUGUAUUCUAUUCUGUUAUUUUCCUUUACUCUUCAUUUCUGUUAUCUUUUCUUUUACUCUAUGCUAAUGUACUCUACUCUAUGCUAAAAUGCUCUUAAUCUUUAAAACACUGCACUCUACUCAUUUCUGUUAUACUACACUUUUCUCUAAUCUGUGCUAUUGGGCUCUUCCUAUUUCUACUGUACUCUAUGCUAUGGCACUCUACUGUUAUCUGGUCUACUCUACUCUACUCUACUCUUCUGUACUUUACUGUAUUCUAUGCUACUAUGCUCUAUUCUUCUCUACAGUACUCUUUUCUGCUUGACUCUCUACUCAUUUCUACUAUACUCCACUUAUCUCUACUCUACACUACUGUACUCUUCUCAUUUCUACUCUACUCUUCUUUACUUUACUGUACUCAAUUCUACUGUACCCUGCUCUUCUUUUCUGCCCUACACCUCUCUACCCUACACUGCUUUACUCUAUUCUUUUCCACUUAACUCUGUUCUACUCUUCUGUACACUAAUCAUUUCUACUCUACUCUAUGCUACUCUUCUUUUCUUUACUGUAAAUACUGUACUAUACUCUAAACUACUCUACUCUAUGCUACUCGACGCUACUCUACUCUUUUCUUUGCUACUCUACUCUGUGCUACUCUAUUCUACUCUACGCUACUCUACUCUUUUCUUUGCUACUCUACUCUGUGCUACUCUAUUCUACUCUACGCUACUCUACUCUUUUCUUUGCUACUCUGCUCUGUGCUACUCUAUUCAACUCUACUCUGCUUUGUUCUACUCUACUCUACUCUAAACUACUCUACUCUUCUCUUCUUUACUGUAAAUACUUUACUAUACUCUAAACUACUCUACUCUUUGCUACUCUGCUCUGUGCUACUCUAUUCAACUCUACUCUACUCUACUCUACUCUAAACUACUCUACUCUUCUUUACUGUAAAUACUUUACUAUACUCUAAACUACUCUACUCUAUGCUUCUCUACUCUGCUCUACUCUACUCUUCUUUAAUUUAAAUACUCGACUAUACUCUAAAUUACUCUACUCUAAGCUACUCAGCUCUGUGCUACUCUACUCUAAACUACUCUACUCUUUUCUUCUUUACUGUAAAUACUCAACUAUACUUUAAACUACUCUACUGUACGCCACUCUACUCUUUGCUACUUUAUUUUACUCUACUCUACUCUAAACUACUCUACUCUUCUCUACUGUAAAUACUCUACUCUACUCUACUCUAUGCUUCUCUACUCUGCUCUACUCUACUAUUUUCUUCUCUUCUUUACUUUAAAUACUCGACUAUACUCUAAACUACUCUACUCUAAGCUCAACUCUGUGCUACUCUAUUCUACACUACUCUACUCUGCUUUGCUCUAUCCAACUAUUACUCUAAACUACUGUACUCUUUUCUUCUUUACUGUAAAUACUCUACUAUACCCUAAACUACGUUACACUAUGCUACUCUACUCUUUGCUACUUUAUUCUACUCUACUCUGAUAGACUUUAAUUACUCUAAUCUUCUCUAAACUACUCUACUUUACUCUAUUCUACUCUAAACUACCCAACUCUACUCUACUCCUCUCUACUAAAUUCUACUUUAAACUACUUAAGUCUACUCUACUCUAAACAACUCUACUCUAAACUACUCUACUGUACUGUACUCUACUCUACUAUGUUCCAUACUGUUCUACUUUUUUGCAUUUUUCUCUUAUAUAUAAUGUAUGUACAUGUGAACAAAUGAUUUUGUGCGAGUGUGUGUAUGAGUAAGCAUGUGUGGGUUGAGUGUGUGUGUGUGUGUGUGUGUGAUUGAUCACUGCAGAUUCCCGGCUGUAUGUUGCAUGUGUAAAAUAAAGAUUAAGCAGCAGUUUUCUGAU